AUGAAAUUUGAAGAAAAGUGUGGGGACAAUGGGAGCCUUGUAGGAAGGAAUCAGUCAUACCCAGGUGAGAAGCAUCAGCCAAAAGGAAAACCCAUAACAAAUGGGGAAGCCGAGUUCUAUGCAAAGCAGGAGGCAAAUGGGAAAUGCAGCGUGCCCAGGAAGAGCCUCAACAUGUACACCUGGCAGGAGAUCCAGAGGCAUAAUCAGGAGGGCAACCAAUGGCUGGUCAUCAAUCGCAAGGUUUACAAUGUCUCCAGCUGGGCAGACAGGCAUCCAGGUGGGCGCCGGGUCCUCAACCACUAUGCUGGGGAAGAUGCCACGGAUGUCUUCAGGGCCAUGCAUCCAGAGCCUGACAUUGUGCAGUUGUAUCUGAAGCCACUGCUCAUUGGAGAACUUGCCCCAGGAGAGCAUAGCCAGGAAAGACACAAAAAUUCACAGUUGGUGAAAGAUUUCCAAGAAUUGCGGAGGAUCAUAGAGUCUAUGAACAUGUUCCACGCCAACCUGGGGUUCUUCUUUCUUCACUUUGCCCAGAUCUUAAUUUUGGAAGUGCUGGCGUGGCUAAUACUGUAUCAUUUUGGCAGUGGCUGGCCUGUUACUAUAUUCAUUUCCUUUCUUCUCACAAUUUCUCAGGCCCAGAGCUCAUUUUUGCAGCAUGACGUGGGACACCUUUCCAUAUUUAAGAAGUCCAAGUGGAAUCACGUGAUGCAUAAAUUUGUGAUGUGCCAUCUCAAGGGCCUGUCAGCAAACUGGUGGAAUUACCGGCACUUUCAACAUCACGUAAAGCCGAACAUCUACCCCAAAGACCCGGAUAUUGACAUGGGUCCACUUUUUCUGCUUGGAGAUUCACAACCUGUCAAGUAUGGCAAGAAGAAAAUCAAAUACAUCAACUAUGAAAAGCAGCACCUGUACUUCUACAUGGUUGGGCUCCCACUCCUCAUGCCAGUAUAUUUCAACCUGCAAUCCAUGCAAGUGAUGUACCUUCGAAGAUACUGGGUGGACAUCGCCUGGGUUAGCAGCUUUUACAUCCGAUAUUUCAUCACAUUUGGCCCAUACUAUGGAAUCUUUGGGACCGUGUUGCUCAUAUAUUUGGUCAAGUUUCUUGAAAGUCCUUGGAUUGCAUAUGUUACCCAGAUGAGCCACAUACCAAUGAGAAUGAGCACAGAGGAGAACCGAGACUGGCUCAGCACUCAGGUCUUGGCCACCUGUAAUAUUGAACAGUCCUUUUUCAAUGACUGGUUCACUGGGCACCUGAACUUCCAAAUUGAGCACCAUCUGUUCCCCACAAUGCCACGCCAUAAUUAUCACAAAGUGGCGCCUCUGGUGAGGUCACUGUGUGUCAAGCAUGGAUUGCAGUAUGUGAAUAAACCCAUGUUGAGGGCGUUUGGAGAUAUUGUCAGAGCCUUGAAGAAAUCUGCAGCCCUCUGGGUGGAUGCUUACUAUGAAACAUGA